AAAAAGAAAAAGAAAAAGAAACGUAAGCAUAAAGAUGAUGACGAUGCCAGUGAGACAGGUGGCGAAUCAAAUGCUACUACUCCUGGUCCGUGUCUUGGUACUCCCCAUGAACGUUGUGGAGAAACAACGCCUCCUCCAUCGUACGGCUUUGUUCGAGUUGAUUCAACAGAUAAUAAGAUUUCUCUUAAAAUCUCAUUUAAACGUCCUUCUGGUUCAGAGGAGUUUACACUUCCAAACGAGACCAACGAGUUACCUGGAGCUGAAAAUUUGGAGGCUAAAAAGAAUAAGAAAAAGAAAAAUAAAGAAAAACCCCCAAAAGAGCACAAGUCUAAGCGGCUUCACUCAAGUUCAGAUAUUGCUUCUAACGUCGUCACUUCCAUUUCAGUUGACAACGCAUUUUCUAAUCCAUCAUCUGUAAAUGUAGAUAAAAUGUUCCCCGAUCCUUUAUUUUCCCAGCAUGGUAUGCAGGAGCAAUCACAAGAUCUCUCUGUUACAACUCAUGAUGAUAUUUUUGACCCUCUAUCUGCCGUUACCUCUGCUGAUUCCUUGCAAGUGCCAUCCCAUUCCGAUGCAUUAGAUAGUGUCAUUUCUAUGGUUGGUAGUCAGCCUCAAAAUAUGCUUAUACAAAGUCACCAAGAAUUGCAACAGCAGGUUGUAACUAAUUUCCAACACCAGCCUCGAAGCGAUACUCUUUUUGAUGAGCUACUAUGCGGAGUGGAUCCUUCUUUGACUCUUAAUCAAAUGAGUUCCGUUCCUAUUGCUCUUGGGAACGCUACCCCUGUUGCCAGUGUCUCGGAUCUCCAUAUUAUGGAUUAUGCUUCAUGUUUUUUGCAAAAUGAAAUUAUGCAUCAACAGCAUGAGCAACCUGUUGGGAUCCAGGAAGCAAAUAGGUUGCAGCAUAGUCGAAAUUUAAAUAGUUCUUUUAUGAUUGCAAAUCAAUUAGAUCAGGAUCCUAAUAAUGUAUCUCUAGUUGAUUCUCAUGAGCUUCAGCAGCAGCAAGGAAACGUAGGGUUCUUGAACAAUUUUGAUGAUGCCAAUAUUUCAACAGUUGCCUUAGAUUCGUCUAUUGGGCGAACCCAUAUUCCAAUGGGUUUGGCUAGUUACUUGACCGUCUCUCAACAACCUCAGCAGCCGCAACAUCGCCACCUCCAGCCAAUCGCUCAUUGCGAAAUUCUUCAUAGUGCUAGGACGAAGCGCCGACAGACCAGUCAAGCAUCCAGUCGACAAAGUAUGCCUAAUUCAUUUAUUCUCUUAGCAUAA